AUGGAAAAACUAUUCAGAAAUCAGGAGUUGAACGUUAGCAUAAGAACUAUCAGAAAAGGUGAUGAGAUACUAUUUCACGCAAAAGAUGUGGCAGAGUCUCUGGGGUACACGAACACGAAAAAAGCUAUUAGAGAUAAUGUGUGGAAUAUGAACAAGACAAUGGUGAGAGAAAUUCAAAGGGUACCCAGCCAGUUCCCCUUGGAAAAGUACCACCCGCAGACAAUACUACUAUAUGAACCAGGAUUGUACCAGCUACUAUUUAAUUCAAGACUUCCAACAGCAGAGGCCUUUCAGGACUGGGUGCUUAGUGAGGUUCUCCCAUCUAUCCGUAAAACAGGAUCUUAUAACUUACCAGAUAGAAGGUCACUUAGAUAUAACCAAAUAAUCCUUAUAAACGAAACGGACCUUCAUCACAUAGUUGUGAGUUACAUUAGAGAUAACUACCCAGAGGCCAUAAUAUUACCUGGUCUAGGUGAGUAUCAGGACACUAUGUCAAAGAGAUGUGAUGCCUGGAAGAAGGGAUACAAAGGUGGUCAACCAGAUCUUAUCAUAGAGAAUCCUAUGGGGAAGUACAAAGGAUUUGCUAUUGAAUUUAAGUCUCCUAAGGGCACCGGAGUUAUAAGUGAGAAUCAGGAUAUAUGGUUUAGGAAAUUGAGGGGAAUAGGGUACAUGACAAUGGUAUCAGAUGAUCUGGUAAAGACUUGCAUUAGAAUCAACGAGUAUUUUGGCAUAGCCGAUACUGACGUAGUCGGUACUUCCUCACUUAGGAAAACCAUAAGGAAAGUUGCAGUGAAAAAAGUAGUUUGUGACGUGAAGACGUACAGACCAAGGUUCAAUUCAGGUAAGUUUUGA